AUGCGGGAGAGGUUUGCCAAGUUCCUGUCCAACACGAUAUCUCAGCUUACGAUAAAUACUGCAAUUGUUUACAUGCACAGGUUUUAUAUGCAUCAUUCCUUCACAAAAUUUAAUCGAAAUAUAAUAUCUCCUACGGCAUUGUUUUUGGCUGCAAAAGUGGAAGAACAGCCACGGAAACUCGAACAUGUUAUUAAAGUAGCACAUGCCUGUCUUCAUCCUCAAGAGCCACAACUGGAUACAAAGAGUGAUGCAUACCUUCAGCAAGCCCAAGAGCUGGUUAUACUUGAAACAAUAAUGCUUCAAACUUUAGGUUUUGAGAUUACCAUUGAACAUCCACACACAGAUGUUGUGAAAUGUACGCAAUUAGUGAGAGCAAGCAAGGAUUUGGCACAGACAUCCUAUUUCAUGGCUACCAACAGUCUUCACCUUACUACGUUCUGUCUUCAGUACAAGCCUACAGUGAUAGCAUGUGUGUGCAUUCACUUGGCCUGCAAGUGGUCCAACUGGGAGAUUCCAGUAUCAACUGAUGGAAAACACUGGUGGGAAUACGUAGAUCCUUCGGUUACUCUAGAAUUACUAGAUGAGCUAACUCAUGAGUUUCUGCAGAUACUGGAGAAAACGCCUAGCAGGCUCAAGAGAAUUAGAAAUUGGCGGGCUAAUCAGGCUGCUAAGAAACCUAAAGGUGAUGGACAGGUAUCCGAGAACUCGCUUCUUGGUUCGUCUUUGGUCCAGAAUUCCAUUUUGGUGGAUACAGUUACUGGUGUAGCUGCAAACGCGAGUUUCCAAAAACCAUCAGCGUCAUUUCCUGCACCGGUACCUCUGACCUCAGGAAGUAUUUCUGUUCCAGACAGUCAUGCACCUGAAAAUAUGGCAAUAUUGGCUAAAGGAAUGCCAAGUACCUCAUACAGUUUGGCGUCACACCAGGAGUGGCCUCAGCAUCAAGAACAAACAAGGACAGAACAAAUAUACUCUCAAAAACAGGAGGCGUUACCUGCUAGUCAGUACAAUAUGAACUUCCAACCAGGGACGUCCGUACAGUUGCACUCUGGAGUACAUCACAGGCCUGACAAACUGGCAGAGCAUUCUACUGUCAAACAAGAGUAUUCUCAUAAGUCGGGAAGCAAACACCACGGACAAGUUGCUGCUCCUGUAAUAAUUCCUCAGAAAAUGUCUUUGGAUAAAUACAGAGAGAAGCGCAAACUAGAAACCCUUGAACUGGAUGUGAGAGAACACUAUGUAGCAACCCCAGGCGAACAGCAGCACAAAAAACACAUGCAGCCACAGACAGCCAGUAGUUCUUCUGUUACGUCGCCUAUUAAAAUGAAAAUUCCUAUUGCAAACGCCGAGAAGCCCGAAAAACACUUGUCUGAUAAGAAAGAAAAGGGUGGCUCACUCAAACUCCGUAUACCAAUCCCACCCACAGAAAAGGGUGCCAGUAAGGAGGAGCUGAAAAUGAAAAUCAAAGUUUCUUCCUCAGAAAGGCAUAGCUCAUCGGACGAGGGUAGCGGAAAAAGUAAACACUCGAGUCCCCACGUUAGCAAAGAGCAUAAGGAAAAACACAAAGAACACUCUUUAAAUCGCCACCACAGUAUUGGUCAUAAGCACUCCCAUUCACACGGUGGCGGCGGCAGCAGUGGCGGCAGUAAGCAUAGCACUGAUGGAGUAACGCCAACUGUUCUGAGGAGUCCCGUUGGCCUGAGUAGCGAUGGCAAUUCCUCUAGUUCCGGCUCUUCAAGAAAGAAGUUGCACAGCAACGACGCUUCUCACAACCACCACUCCAAAAUGAGCAAAAGUUCCAAAAGUUCAGGUGGGCUACGGACAUCUCAGCACCCUCGUGAAACUGGACAAGAAACCAGUGGAGAACGGUCCUGAUGCCCAUCACCAGUACAGUACAAACAGCCAGCAUAUGGACUACAAAGACACAUUCGACAUGCUGGAUUCGCUGUUAAGUGCCCAAGGAAUGAACAUGUAGUCAGUUCUUAGGUUGUUUUUCUUUACUUUUUUUAAUUUAAGAAUUGUUAGAAUGGAAAACUUCCUAAUAUAGCAGUGGCAACACCAGCUGUUGCUGCCGUGGUUUCAGUAUAUGUAAGUGCUGCUUUAUCCUUCACUCUGAAAAGAAGAGGUAUAGUAAACAAGUCUUUAUCUCCACGUACGAUAGUGUUAUAAAUACUGUAAUAGCAUGGAAGGUGCAAAAAAUCUCAGUAUUUCUACAACUGCAGCUAAGAACAGUAGAAUGAACGUCCGCUUUUAGGUGUAUAGGAUGCCUCGAGCAUUGAUUAUUUAUAAUUUUGAAUACUGCAGCCACAACUUUCUGUUGCGUAGUUUUUGAAUGAGUGUAAUUGUUUUCUUGUGUAUUUAUACUGUAUGUAUGAUUUGCAUGUUUCAAAGAUAAAGGGAUUAAAAACAGUAUACUGACAACUGUUUACAAGGAAGUGGAGAAAAAUGUACAUACAUUUUUGUAUGUUUAGAUAUACCAUAAAUACUCAGGAUUGGAGCUGCUUGUAAGUAUAACAAAAUACACAUAACUUUAUUUUAUCUUGCCAGAGUCCAUCGGUUAUCCAAACAAAGAUGGCACUUUGUCUUGUUUAUCUUUAAACUGUAGGCCUUAUUGGAAGCCGCUUAAAAGGGACACUUCACUAGAGAAGGUAUCCAGUACCGCGUAGGGUCAUCACCAGACAGCAUUACCAGAGAGGCAGGAGAUCGGGUAGGCCUCUGCUCGCUCGUUACGGCCAGACCUCGGAAAUGUCCCUAGUUUUCUGAAGGAAAAAGGAAUUGAAAUAAAAGUUUACAUAAUCUUUUGAUGUGAAGUGCAUUUAAAUGUUUAUUGGCUUGAUGCAGUAAAAUAGACACGGAGCUGUUAAUUAUGGUUAUGUAGAUUAAUGUGACUUAACUGCAAUUCAUAACUGCCAUUGUGGAAAGAUCACCUUUUUAAAAAAAAAAAAGGUCAUAAUUUAUUUGAAUAGUAAACAGGGGUCACUGUUUCCAUGACCAUUUCAGAAGAAUGCCCACGUUCUGAAAUCCAAAAAGUGUACUUGUGUGUGAUGCCGUAUUUCUUUUACAGGUGAAUGCAGUCUUCACAGUAAAUAAGAAUAAAACUAUUGAUAUCCCAACUUUAUAUUCCAACAAUAAAAUAGUUAUCAUGGAUUCUCUGCAUUGUACUUGUCAUUAGUUACCACAUUGGAAGAUACUCGUUCUGUUUUUUCAGCUCUGUGGGGGUUAAAAAAAAAACCCCAACCCAACCAGUCUCCCAGUUCAACCACUAGCAUCCGUUCUGUCUGCCUGCAAGUGUCAGUGCGAAGGCUUGUGCGCUCCUUCCAGGGUGUUUUGCUCUUCAGGAGAAGUGAGAGGUGCGAAUGUUCCUGUGUUCUCAAAGCCAAUACUACAGCUCAGUCGCCUGGAUAACAGUGAACUGACUUUCUGGGUUGUUAUUCAAAACUACUUGUGAGCUAUGAAGUACCUCAACAUGAACUCAGUAUACAGUAGCAACAGCCGGUUUUCAGUGACUUCUUUUAACCGAGAAGCGAACACGAUGUAAAGUAAACUUCUGCUAAGCCACCUCAUUCCCUUAGCGCUCGUGUAAUUCUGUCAGUCUCGGAGGUUAAAUCUGAAGCUUAGCCCUUUCGGUUGCGUUCCUCGUGUGUGCUUUAAAUGAUAAAACUGUUCAAUGCCUACCCGGUUGGUAGUUGCUGUAUUAUGUAACUACAGGUAUAUCAAUUACUAUGUAAUACUCUGUUUCCAGUAAUGCAAACGCUUGUAAUUACUUGAAUAAGUUUUAUUUGAACUAUGGAUACUUUUUUUUUUUACACUUAAGGAAUAUUUAAAUGGAAACCUGAUUGCAUUUUCUGCUAAAUCUAAGCUUAAAUCUUGGCCCGUGUACAAAACCCAAAGCCGUCUUAUCCCUGCCGACUUGGUUAUUUUUCUACAUUGGGAAUGUAACUCUUGUUACACACUCCUGCACUGCUGAACACUUUCUGUCCUUUUAUAGGCUGUUUCCUUUCCAUCUCGGCGCUACUCUUGGGUCUGAUUUUUAACAAAUGUAAUUGCGUUAUAUACUGUCCCAGACUGUAGCGUGGGCAGGCAGAUGAAAUAGCAGUAAACUGUCUUAACAUUUCUUUGAAGCACUGCAGUACUUUCUUUUCGAGUCUAUUUAAAUAGUUGUGCCAUGAAAUGCAUCUUACACGGCCGCUCUGGAUAAGCAAUAUCUUGUACUGUAAAUAUAGCAAUUGCUGUCAUGACUUGGAGUUAAAAUGUCUGGAUGGUAACUAGUGCCUGUCUGAUGUAAAUUGGAAACGAGCACAGGCCUUCAUCCUAAGGUGCUGUUUCAAAAGAAGUAUUUCCUAUUUUGAUUCUGGGAACUUGUGAGAUGCCGUGGAAUAAUGUUGCUAUGCUACACUGAGAUCCAAACAGUGGGUUUUGGUUUCUCUGUAAAGGAUGUCCGUGAAACUCAUCGGGUUUGGCUUUCAAUGUAAUUGUAAAUAUGUGAAACUAUGUGUCUUUGUGUCCGAAACGAAGUUCGGUGUGGUGAGGGUAGGGGCCGAGAGGGAGGGGGAGGAUAUGCACCAAGCUGCCACUAGCUUUCCCCGACUGAAACCUGCUGCAGAUGGGUGAACUGGGUGAACUGCAGCCUGGCUGAGGUGUGGGAAAUGAACGACGGUUACUGGGCUGGGCAUUGGGUGAAUGGCUGAAUAAAUGCAAUAAAAGGCUAACAGACAACACUAUUGCUCUGUUCAUCACCUUGAUUACAGGUUUUUUUGUUAUGAAUUUGAGUACGUGCAUUAUGUAAUUUGUAAAAUGACGCUGUAGUGGAGACCUCGCUCCAACACUCUUAAAAAUCUUCCCUUUUUGUGAGAGAUGAGGUUUGUAGACUAGUGAGAUUCUUUCGUAUGUUCAACCUUAAUCUGUUCCUAAUGGUGGGAGUGCUGAAGUAAUGUAUCUCACUGUGAUCUGGUACUUCGGUAUUUGCAUAAAAUGGCAGUUCUGUAUAUUCUUUUGGCUAACUGUAAAUAUAAAUGUUUCAUAGUAGCAUAGUGGAACUUCUGAGGUACAG